AUGGCUGUCCUUCUGGAAACAAGCAAGGGCGACAUCGUCAUCGACCUCCUGACCGAUGACUGCCCGAUAACGACUAAGAACUUUCUUAAGCUGUGCAAGAUCAAGUACUACAACAAUUGCCUCUUCCACAAUGUCCAGCGCAACUUCAUCGUUCAGACUGGGGACCCCACAGGGACUGGCAAGGGCGGCACGUCAAUCUAUGGCAAGCUGUACGGCGACCAGGCACGCUUCUUCGAGGACGAGAUCCGUCCGCACCUAAAACACACACGACGCGGCGUGGUGGGUAUGGCCUCCCCUGGAGAGGGUCUCAACGCCUCCCAGUUCUACAUCACCACGGGGGACGAGCUCGACAGUCUGGACGGAAAACACACAAUCUUUGGCACGGUAGCUGAGGGCUGGGACGUGUUGGACGCCAUCAACGAAGCGUUCGUGGAUGCAGAGGGCAGGCCCUUUCAAAACAUCCGUAUCCGCCACACCAUUAUCCUGGAUGAUCCCUUCCCCGACCCCACCCAGCUGGAUACCCUCGUACCCCCAGCAUCUCCACCUCUGGAGUUUGGGGAGGUGAGGGACUCUGGCGGGCACCGGCUCGAGGACGACUGGUUGCCUCAUCAGGACACCCGGCCGCAGGAGGAGGUGGAGGCGGAGAGUCGGAGGGCGGAGGCGCAUCACCGGGCGGUGGUGCUGGAGAUGGUGGGGGACCUGCCGGAUGCCGACGCCAAGCCCCCGCCCAACAUGCUCUUCAUUUGUAAGCUCAAUCCGGUAACCAGCGAAGAAGACCUGGAAAUCAUUUUUAGCAGGUUCGGUCGUGUCACCUCGUGUGACAUCAUUCGCGACUGGAAGACCGGAGACUCGCUCAACUACGGGUUCAUCGGAUUCGACAGUGACGAGGCCUGCGAGGCAGCGUACUUCAAGAUGAACAACGCCGUCAUCGACGACCGCCGUGUGCGGGUGGACUUCAGCCAGUCCGUACACCACCUGUGGAGGCAGUUCAAAAAGUGA